AUGUCGCACUCGCCCGAGAUGCCCCUGGACAACGUGGGAAUAAGUACGCCAGAGGACAUAGAACAGAACCCUGUGGGCAACCUCAGUACUGAUGGUCUCUCAUGUAUAUAUACGACUGGUGGAUUGUCUGAAAACGGCGCUUCAGUGAGGAAUACCUUUGGCGGAAAACGAAUAGACAAGGUUUACCAUAAACGUUCAAGGCACAAAGUAGAACGGUCACGAAACCGGGGGUGUCGAUCGACACCAAAUAUUCGUAAGAACCGCGCUCCAGCUCUCAAGUUGCCGAAGAAAAAGUUCAAAAUGCCCUGUUGGCACAGUUUCAUGGCCGUUUCUGAAAACAAAUCAACGGAUGAAGGCGACUUCUUGAAGGUAUUGAUGAAGGAAGGAUUGCUUUGCAUACAGAGUGGACAAAACGUUUCAAAUGCGUUGGGUACAUCUAAUCACAACAUGAAAACCUCUGGCAAAGCGCGGUCGUCCAGCUCUAUGCCAGUCAAAGAUGGGACACAUAGUUAUACAACUACCGGAAGAUCUUUGUUGAAUCCUUAUGUCUACGUUGAAAACAUUGACCAAAUGUUAAUGGUUACCAAACAACAGUCAAACCGUGCUGCUUGUAAGAAGAUAGAAAACUCCCACCGUAACAAAGGCAUCUCCAAACCCGGACGCGUCCCGGUAGUGCAGAGUAAGAUGAAACCAGAUGAUGCACAAUCUGCUAAUCAUCAAUUAAUGCAGAGUUACGAAAUGAAUCGAUUGAAUAUUUCCGAACCUCUGUCUGGCCGAGUAACGAAACUGCUACACAAGUAUCGGUUGGAUCGUCCAUCUUUCAAAGUGCCCUGUUUGCACAGUUUCAUGGCCGUUUCUGAAAAUGAAUCAACGGAUGAAGGCGACUUCUCGGAGGUAUUGAUGAAGGAAGGAUUGCUUUGCAUACAGAGUGGACAAAACGUUUCAAAUGCGUUGGGUACAUCUAAUCACAACAUGAAAACCUCUGGCAUAGCGCGGUCGUCCAGCUCUAUGCCAGUCAAAGAUGGGACACGCAGUUAUACAACUACCGGAAGAUCUUUGUUGAAUCCUUAUGUCUACAUUGAAAACAUUGACUACAUGUUAAUGGUUACCAAACAACAGUCAAACCGUGCUGCUUGUAAGAAGAUAGAAAACUCCCACCGUUACAAAGGCAUCUCCAAACCCGGACGCGUCCCGGUAGUGCAGAGUAAGAUGAAACCAGAUGAUGCACAAUCUGCUAAUCAUCAAUUAAUGCAGAGUUCCGACAUGAAUCGAUUGAAUAUUUCCAAACCUCUGUCAGGCCAAGUAACGACACUGCUACACACGUAUCGGUUGGAUCGUCCAUCUUUCAAAAUGCCCUGUUUGCACAGUUUCAUGGCCGUUUCUGAAAACGAAUCAACGGAUGAAGGCGACUUCUCGGAGGUAUUGAUGAAGGAAGGAUUGCUUUGCAUACAGAGUGGACAAAACGUUUCAAAUGCGUUGGGUACAUCUAAUCACAACAUGAAAACCUCUGGCAAAGCGCGGUCGUCCAGCUCUAUGCCAGUCAAAGAUGGGACACGCAGUUAUACAACUACCGGAAGAUCUUUGUUGAAUCCUUAUGUCUACAUUGAAAACAUUGACCACAUGUUAAUGGUUACCAAACAACAGUCAAACCGUGCUGCUUGUAAGAAGAUAGAAAACUCCCACCGUUACAAAGGCAUCUCCAAAUCCGGACGCGUCCCGGUAGUGCAGAGUAAGAUGAAACCAGAUGAUGCACAAUCUGCUAAUCAUCAAUUAAUGCAGAGUUCCGACAUGAAUCGAUUGAAAAUUUCCAAACCUCUGUCAGGGCAAGUAACGACACUGCUACACAAGUAUCGGUUGGAUCGUCCAUCUGAUAGCGUAGUGGAGAGUGCGGUCGAUGACUUAGCGCAGAGCCUCAAAUGCCUCAAAAUAUUCUAUUGCAGAAAUAGCCGUGUGUUCCCGUGUCAGAUCUGCAUUGUGACGUCAUGCAGACGAGCCCAGUGUGACCUUAACCCCGCAGAAGACUUCAGCAGCGCUAUCAACCCUCAGCUAAUAGCGGAAUGUGACAAGAUACGGACGGUUUCUAAACAGACGCAAUCGCAAUCAGAUGGUGCCAAGAUGAUCAGCGACAGUCAGCCAGCUAGGCGACGAAGCAUGUCAAGGAACGUUAUAGACCACCCCAAUGAAGCACGGGACCGGCUUGUUCGCGAAUUGUGGCAUAAGACGACUCCUGAUCUACAGUCGGAAAGCCCAACCUAGCCUCGACAUGGGUCCCUCCACACUAUCCUGAUCCCCAGUCUGAAAGAGCGCCCAACCUGGCCUCGACACGUGUCCCUCCACACUCUCCUGAUCCCCAGUCUAAAAGAGCGCCCAACCUGGCCUCGACACGGGUCCCUCCACACUCUCCUGAUCCCCAGUCUGAAAGAGCGCCCAACCUGGUCUCGACACGGGUCCCUCCACACUCUCCUGAUCCCCAGUCUGAAAGAGCGCCCAACCAGGCCUCGACACGGGUCCCUCCACACUCUCCUGAUCCCCAGUCUGAAAGAGCGCCCAACCUGGCCUCGACACGGGUCCCUCCACACUCUCCUGAUCCCCAGUUGGAAAGAGCGCCCAACCUGGCCUUGACACGGGUCCCUCCACACUCUCCUGAUCCCCAGUCUGAAAGAGCGCCCAACCUGGCCUCAACACGGGUCCAUCCAGACUACACUCUCCUGAUCCACAGUCUGAAAGAGCGCCCAACCUGGCCUCAACACGGGUCCCUCCACACUCUCCUGAUCCCCAGUCGGAAAGAGCGCCCAACCUGGCCUCGACACGGGUCCCUCCACACUCUCUUGAUCCCCAGUCUGAAAGAGCGCCCAACCUGGCCUCGACACGGGUCCCUCCACACUCUCUUGAUCCCCAGUCUGAAAGAGCGCCCAACCUGGCCUCGACACGGGUCCCCGCCACACUCUCCUGAUCCCCAGUCGGAAAGAGCGCCCAACCUGGCCUCGACACGGGUCCCUCCACACUCUCCUGAUCCCCAGUCGGAAAGAGCGCCCAACCUGGCCUCGACACGGGUCCCUCCACACUCUCCUGAUCCAGAGUCGGAAAGAGCGCCCAACCUGGCCUCGACACGGGUCCCUCCACACUGAGCCGUGUGCUCUAUACUUGAAACAGUCAGUAUAGUGUCCAUUAGUUUCCCUUGCAAGGGCUGUAUUCACCGGUCCGUGAAAGUUGCUACCAACACCAGAAGUCGCAACGCGGACGAAGAUUUUGCCAAAGAUAUGACUGAGAUGCUUACUUACGAGCCACUUGCCGCCUGUAACAACGAUGCCAUUCUUUAACAGAAGCUAGAUCAACUUAUUAUACAAUAUGGAACUACUCGGUUGGACCCGACUCUGGCAUCUGAAGACCUGACUGUGCCCGUGACUGCGCCCGUUAAGAAUCGGGUUGUCGAGGAGGAAAACAAUCAUGUGCUAUACAGCAACAAAACAAGCAGCCCGAUGUGGACGCCGGCCAGGCAACAAAAGUAAACACACGUGCUCUUGCUUCCUCAUAAAAAGACGCAUGUCUGGUUUACCUCAGUGAACAGUUCCGUACGUACUUCACACGUGCUUCGUGAAGGGAGUCAACUCUGCAAGGUUCGGCGAGGAAGAAGAUGAAGGGGAGAGCACUCUUCUCCCAUGGUGUGCAGACUCACGCGGUUGUUACGGCGGAUGUCGGUUCAGUAUCAUGACAACCGUUUUAGCGAAACACGCGUAGACUUUGAAAACAUCGUUUAUUUGAUUCUUUUUUUUGCUGUUUCUUGUUCUUCGGUCAUGAUCCGACUUUAAUUUCUAGUCAGUAUUGUUAAAACUCAUUUGUAUACAUUUUCAUUUUCAUGUUUCCUUUAAGUUAUUUUUAUUAGUUUGAAAUGCAUGUUCUUUGUAAUAGUUUAUAAUCUAUAUUUUCGUCUUUUUUUCUCUUCAAUCGCUAUCUUUCCGGAUAUCAUUAAGGAACAAUUACUAGUACUUGAUAUGUGUUUGAUAUAACGAGAAUUAUUACAAACCAAUCGAAUUUGAUAUGUAUUUCUUCAUUUCAUCUUUUGCAGAACUGGCAGUGUGUAAAUUGUGGUCAAAUUUGUAUAAAGUGAAUAUCAAACUCGUUAUUAGACAUUAUUUGUUACACUACCAAGUAUAAAAGCGUGGUUUAUUUCACAGCGUAAACAUGUCUGAAACAUCGAAGAUAACUGCGACUCAUUUUAGUUUUAGUUUAGCAAAUGUUUGUUGUGUAAAGUUUAUGAUUUUUCUUUAUAAUUUGUAGUUAUCUUUUGUUUUGGCAUGCUUGAAGUUGUGUUUUGAUUUAGGGGGGUGUGUGGUUGUGGUUAGAUUUGUAGUUGUGUUUGUUUGGUAUGGACUGUAGUUAUGUUUUGUGUAUGAGUGGUUUUAUGUUGUGUUUUGUUUUAUAUGGUUUGUAGUAAUGGUUUGUUUAGGAAUGUUCUGUAUUGUUAAUGUGUUUUGAUAUGGUUGGUAUUUUGUUAAGGUAUAGUUUAUAGUUGUGUAUUAUUAAGGUAUUGUUUGUAGUUGGGUUUUAUUUAUGUAUGGCUUGUAGUUUUUUUGUUUAGAUAUGGUUUGCAGAAGUGUUUCAUUUUGAUAUGGGUUGAAGUAGUGUUUUGUGUAGAUGUGGUCUGUAAUUGUAUUUCGUUUAGGCAUGAUUUGAAGUUGUAUUAUGUCAAGGUAUGGUUUGAAGUUGUAUCUUGUCUAGGUAUGGUUUGUAGUUGUGUUUUGUUUAUUUAUGGUUUGAAAUUGUGCUUUGUUAAGUUCUGGUGUGUUAAGGUACGGUUUUUAGUUGUGUUUUGUCUAAGUAGGGUUUGUAGUUGUUUUUUGUUUAUGUAUGGUUCGUAGUGUUUUUGUUAAAGUAUGGUUGUGUUACAUUUUAAAAAUGGUUGAAGUAGUGUUUUGUUUAGUUGUGGCUUGUAGUUGUGUUUUGUUUAGGUAUGGCUUGCAGUUGUGUUUUGUUUAGGGUUGGCUUGUAGUUGUGUUUUGAUUAGGGUUGGCUUGUAGUUGUGUUUUGAUUAUGUAUGGGAUGUAGCUGUGUUUAGUUAUGAAUGGCUUGUAGUUGUGUUUUCUUUAGGUAUGGCUUGUAGUUGUAUUUUGUUAUGGUUUGGCUUGUAGUUGUGUUUUGUUUAUGUGUGGCUUGUAGUUUUGUUUAUGUAUGGCUUGUAGUUGUGGUUAGGUAUGGCUUGUAGUUGUGUUUAGGUAUGGCUCUUGUAGUUGUGUUUUCUUAAGUUAUAGUUUGUAGUUGUUUUUUUGUUAAGGUACGGCUUGUAGUUGUGUUUUGAUUAGGUAUGGCUUGUAUUUGUGUUGUGUUUAUGUAUGGCUUGUAGUUGUGUUUUGUUUAUGUAUGGCUUGUAGUUGUGUUUUGAUUAGGUAUGGCUUGUAUUUGUGUUGUGUUUAGGUGUGGCCUGUAGUUGUGUUUUGUUUAGGUCUGGUUUGUUUAGGUAUGGCUUGUAGUUGUGGUGUGUUUAGGUCUGGUUUGUUUAGGUAUGGCUUGUAGUUGUGUUUUGUUUAGGUCUGGUUUGUUUAGGUAUGGCUUGUAGUUGUGGUUUGUUUAGGUAUGGUUUGUUUAGGUAUGGUUUGUAGUUGUGGUUUGUUUAGGUCUGGUUUGUUUAGGUUUGGCUUGUAGUUGUGGUUUGUUUAGGUCUGGUUUGUUUAGGUAUGGCUUGUAGUUGUGGUUUGUUUAGGUCUGGUUUGUUUAGGUAUGGCUUGAAUUUGUGGUUUGUUUGUGUAUGGUUUGUAGUUGUGUUUUAUUUAGAUAUGGUUUAAUUGUGUUCUUUAAAUCUACUGGAUAGACCAAACAAUUAAAUCAUAUUCACUGUUUCAUUAGAAAUGUUCUUUUAACAAACACCUGACUUAUGUAUGUAAUUAAAAAAUUCAUGCAUGUUUUAUGUACAUUAACAAAAAUUAGCGAUGCUUUAUUUUUACUAGUUUCCAUUUCCGUUUAUUGCUCUAUUUGUCAUGAAACAGUGAACACAUAAAUGAACCUAUUCGAUUUAACUGAGAUAAAACAGUGAAAAAUA